CAUGACAAAACCAGAGCUCGGACAGGUUGUGACCGACUCCAAGACAGGAAAAUCCUACAGUAAAGGGAAGCUUCUGGGAAAGGGUGGCUUUGCUCGAUGCUAUGAGAUGACAGACCUCUCCAACAACAAAAUGUAUGCUGUGAAGGUGAUUCCACAGAGCAGGGUGUCCAAACCACACCAGAGGGACAAGAUUACGAAUGAGAUUGAGCUGCACAAAACCCUGUCACACAAGCAUGUGGUGAAAUUCUCCCAUCAUUUUGAAGACCAUGAAAACAUCUACAUAUUCCUCGAGCUUUGCAGUCGGAAGUCCCUGGCACACAUUUGGAAGGCGAGACACACACUUACAGAGCCAGAAGUGAGAUAUUACCUUAGGCAGAUCAUAUCUGGCCUCAAAUACCUCCACAGCAAAGGCAUCCUACACAGAGAUCUCAAGCUAGGUAACUUCUUUGUCAAUGAGAACAUGGAACUGCGGCUGGGAGACUUCGGCCUUGCUGCCAAGCUGGAGACAGUCGAACAGAGUAAAAAGACAAUUUGUGGGACUCCCAACUACUUGGCCCCCGAGGUGCUCAACAGACAGGGCCAUGGCACAGAGUCUGACGUUUGGUCCCUCGGAUGUGUCAUGUACACACUUCUAUGCGGUAACCCGCCGUUUGAGACUCUUGACCUGAAGGAGACCUACAAGUGUAUAAAGGAAGUUCGGUACAAUUUGCCCUCCACGCUUUCCCCUGCUGCACAGAAACUCAUUUCAGGCAUCCUGCAGAAAAACCCCAGCGACAGACUGACGCUGGAUCAAAUUCUCACCCAUGAAUUCUUCACCAAAGGUUUCACUCCGGAUAAGCUUCCACCCAGCAGUUGUGUGAUGGUGCCAGAGCUCCACCCCCCCAGCCCUGCCAAGAAAUUCUUCACUAAAAUGGCAAAGAGCCUCUUUGGCAAGAAAAAAACAAAAGUGGAAAAAAUUCCAUGCGAGGAAAAAGACGACAAAGACAUUUCCAAGCUGGUGUCUGGAAUCGUAAAAUGUUCCAUCAACCGGCAGAUCAGUUGCAAGACAGUGGGACCCAAUGAGGUGCCCUCUCCCACCGGCCAGCUGGUCAGCUCUGUGCCUCUGGAACAGACUCCUGCUGAGGAGGAAUCCAGGAAGUCGAUCUCUCGUUCGUUCAAGGGCACUAUGGCCAGCAGCACCGAACCAUGUGAAGAUGUCUUGACGCCUGCAGCUGUUGCUGACUCAGCCAUGAAAGUUCUCAACAGCUGCCUGGCUAACAUGCCUGCAGCCACCAGGAACCCGCCCUGUCUGUCCAGGCCACACUCCUUCCUGUGGGUGACUAAAUGGGUUGACUACUCCAACAAAUACGGAUUUGGCUACCAGCUGUCGAACCAAACUAUUGGUGUGCUCUUCAAUGAAGGAACACACCUCAGUCUUUGUGACCAACGCAAGACAGUCCACUACUGCUUGACCAACAACAAACACUUCACUUUUCCUACCAGCUCUCUACCUGAGCAGCUUCGCAGCCAGAAACAAAUUGUAGAGCUAAUGGCCAACUACAUGGAGCAGAACCUUAUGGAGGGUGGAGAUCUACACUGUGAGGAUCAGGUCUCAGCUGCACCUCCUCUGCUGCUCCAGUGGGUGAAGACUGACCAUGCUCUUGUCAUGCUCUUCAACAAUGGCACUCUACAGGUUAACUUCUACACAGACCACACCAAGAUCAUCCUGUGCAAGUCAUCUGAUGACUCUUACCUGCUCACCUACAUUAACCGGGAACGUGUCUCAUACACUUACCUCCUCAGCAUGCUGAAUGAGAUGGGCUGCACCCCUGAGCUGCGGCACAGACUCCAAUACGUGGUCCAGCUGCUCCAACACCACACAGGUGCCUGAGAGUGCAGCUCUGUGCCUCCCAGGCUGCCUGAGUGGCAGAUGCCUUAGAGGCAGCCUGACUGGUUGAUAUCAUUUCUCAAGGCAGUGCCAGGAGGGGUUGACUGAUGGAUGAGGGCUGCUCAAUUCCUCUGAGCAAUAUUCAUUUCUGGACUGGUGCUUUGGCAGCUGAUUAUCAAAUUGAUUGACCUUGAUAAACAUCAAGCAGUCAGGAAGUUGCACAAUGCGACACCUGCCUCGAGGGUUUGUGCCUGUUCAGCUUAUGCCUCAAAGGUAUUCACCUGGAAGGUGUUGAUACCUAAAAUAAAAGACUCUUUAUCUGGCCUGAAAUGAUGGACCCCUCAUAGGCCUAAAUGAACAUCCAAACUCCAGUCGUUUUCCCUCACUCACUAAGAACCACUGCUUCUUGGCUGGAUCUUAAGCCACCAACCAACCCUACAGCUUUCAGCUUGCCCAUGAUGGCAGAUAACCCAGGCAUGGUUUCUCAGAGGUAUCUAAACACUAAAAUGGUCUUAUUUGCCCGUAACAAAACAAGGAUAAUCUUGCAGCUGGAAUGCUUUCAGGUUUCAUUUUCCAAAAGUAUUUUAGCAGCAAGGUCAUUUACACUGUUGACUUGCACUGGACCUGUGCUCUUACAACAGAGAUGCUUAAGGAAGAAGUGUGGUUGGAUUAGCAAGAGACCCUCCUUCCCUCAGUUGGUUUGUGGUCACUUUGGUCCAUGGUGCACACCUAAUUUUUUUUUUUUAAAUGGCCCAGCUAUAGGAUCACACUACGAUCUUGACCACACAUGCACAAAUAACAUUCCUGGCCUAAUUUAACAAUAGUGAUGCUAAAGUUUGGAGAGUCUUCUCCUGCUCCAACAUCACUUUUUUUUUUUUUUUUGGUUUGGUUUUGAGAUAGCUAUUAAAUUUCACUGACGUGGUACACAGAAUACUAACGGGGCUGUGGGAGCAACACAAUUUUGCACUUUUUUUGUGAAUUCAUUUGGAAAGAGAAACGUUUUAGCACCACUUGUUGUGUAUUUUAUUUGGUUUUAACUAGAUACCAAAAGAUGUUUUCUUUGUUGGUUUUUAAAAUGGUUCAGUUUUAAAUCCACAUACAGUAGGUGAAUGUGCCACAUGUGCUGGUUAACAAAACCGUUGGUUGGAAUACAAGGUCGGGGGCGGGGGGUUAAAAGUGCCUUUCUGAGGGAUGUCUGUAUAGUGCAAUAACAACCCUUUGUGAAUGUCGAGCUGGAUACAAACACGAUUCAAGAUGGGUUUUAUAGGUGGGAUUUACUUUUAUACUUUAAGUCAAGUUUAAAAGUAAGUCCACUAGCACUACCCUCUCACUACCUGGUAUAAGCUUUUAGAACAACUGGUAUCAUAAGUAUAUAUCCCAGAAAUAUCUAUUUAUGGGGGAGGGGUGGAAGCAAACUUGUCCUCUGCUGUACUGUAACCCUUAUUGGUUUACAUUGUUUUCUCAACCCAGAAUUGGUUCCUGCAAACUGUGACCUUGGAAUACAAGUAUUAUGUACACAUUUUCAACAACCCAUUAUGAAAGCCAUCUGCCAAUUCAGAAGAGUCUUUAUUUUUUUGGCACAUAAUGUCCUGUUUGCUAUUUAUUUUUUUUUAUUUAUAUGUGUAUUUUUAAUUUAUUGUUGUGUAAAUGUAAUGUAGCCAUUCCUUGACACAAGAAAAUGUUCAGUUUCGAUCACCUUUUUGUAUGUAAUGUUUUUUUGGGGGGAAAUGGGGCAAAAAUAAAGUUUACUGAAAAUAUUUUUAUUGUUGCACAUCAUAACCUGCUUUAUCAUAGUUGAUCAUGUCUAUAUUUUACGAAGUCUUUGUAAAAUGUUUUAAGUGGUAUCUGGCAUUUUUCUCAGCCAGUCAUGGCAGUGCAUCAGAAUUAUACCUUCACAAGCCAGCUUCACUGUAAAACUGCCGCUUUUGCUGUUAAAUACCUUGUGGUUUCUACUAGCAAUAGACUUGUGGCCUAUGGCAAUACUGUAUCACCUUACCAUGUUGAUGCCUUGCUUAUCUCUUUGAAACCAGCCUUACCUUCAGCUCUUUAUCACAAUGAUACCAAGGAAAGUGGGGGAUGGUAAGAUGAGAUGAACAAAGUAUAUAAUUAUAGCAUUAUCUCUAAUGUAAAUUAAAAAUAACAUGUUAAAACAUGUAUGUGCCACAUAAAGGAAAAAAAAAAUCAAACAUUGAGGUAUCAGGAGAAAAUACUUGGUGACUUUUGUUCUUGUCACAG